AUGCCAGGCCCACGCAUGCCCAAAAAUGGCUACCGACGUGGAGGUAAACAAGCAUACAACGGCCCCCGCAAAGCGAAGACCUUUGCGCCUUCGAACCGCAAUGAAGCCACGUCGACCGACGAGAAGCGCGAAGCCGCCAGUCUCGCAAACUCUAUAGAUGAAGCGAUGGGCUUUGCGCGCUACGAGUCUGGCAAGAAGAAAGUAGGAUGGUUAUGCAAUCUCAAGCCUACGACUUUAGAAGACGACAAGAUACCUGAAGGCCGCGCGGGACUGGAUUGUUAUUUCAUUGAGGAGGAUGGGAGUACAUUCAAGGCGACGCUGGAAUAUGAUCCGUAUUUCUUGGUUGCUGUAAAAAGGGGCCACGAGGCGGAAGCAGAAGAAUGGCUGAAAAGAGCUCCUGGUGGUGGUGUGGUGAAGAGUUUGCGAAAAGUCGAGAAGGAGGAUUUGCAGAUGCCAAAUCACUUACUGGGCUACAGGAGGACAUUCUUUGAGUUGAAGUUUGCGAAUGUCAAUGAUUUGUUGGCUGCGAGAAGGGAUAUAAUGCCCAUUGCAGAGAAGAAUAAAAAGAAUAUGAAUGCGAUGGAUACAUAUGCGGAGGUUGCCAGUGCAAAUGCUGGAUUUGACCUUUUUGACGACGACCGAGAUGACGAUAGACGACUUAAUGCCUCUGUUGCUGAUGCGAGCGAUUUCAUUGUGGAUAUACGGGAAUGGGACGUACCAUAUCAUGUGCGAGUAAUGAUAGACAUGGCAGCAGAUAUACGGACGGGGAAAUGGUACACGGUUGAGGCGAAACACGGCGUUACGAAUAUGACAUGCAUCGAGGAGCGAUUGCAACGAGCGGAUCCUGUGGUAAUGGCAUACGAUAUUGAGACUACGAAAUUACCCCUCAAGUUUCCAGAUGCCGCCAUUGAUCAGGUUAUGAUGAUUUCGUAUAUGAUUGACGGCCAGGGAUUUUUGAUUACGAAUCGGGAAAUCGUUUCAGAGGAUAUUGAGGAUUUCGAAUAUACCCCAAGACCGGAAUAUGAUGGUCCUUUUAUGAUAUUCAAUGAACCAGAUGAGAAGGCUCUCAUUGAACGAUUCUUUCUACAUAUCAAAGAGGCGCGGCCGACGGUAAUAGCAACUUACAACGGAGACUUCUUCGAUUGGCCAUUUGUAGAUGCUCGAGCGAGUGUCAAUGGCAUUGAUAUGUACCAAGAGAUUGGCUGGAGGAAAGGCGCUGACGACCAAUAUUGUUGUGACUACAGCGCCCAUAUGGACUGUUUUCACUGGGUCAAUCGAGAUAGUUAUUUGCCGCAAGGAAGUCGAGGCUUGAAAGCUGUCACAACUGCAAAACUUGGAUACGACCCCGACGAACUGGAUCCGGAAUUGAUGCUGAAGUAUGCAAGUGAGCGACCUCAGGUCCUUGCAGAAUACUCAGUAUCCGAUGCCGUGGCGACAUAUUAUUUGUAUAUGAAAUAUGUGCACCCUUUCAUCUUCUCGUUAUGCACAAUCGUCCCGCUGGGUCCGGAUGCUGUUUUACGAAAAGGAACUGGAACACUUUGUGAAAUGUUACUCAUGGUGCAGGCUUACCAGAAAGAAAUCGUGCUGCCAAAUAAACAUGUCUCGCCCAAAGAAUCUUUCUGGGAAGGACAUCUCUUGGAGUCAGAAACAUACGUUGGUGGCCACGUUGAAAGUAUCGAAGCUGGAGUUUUCCGGGCGGAUAUUCCUGUGAACUUUGCAGUGGACACGACAGCGAUUGAUGAACUUCUUGAAGAUUUGGACGCUGCCUUAAAAUUUAGCAUUACUGUCGAAGAGAAGAAAUCCCUGGACGACGUCACCAAUUAUGACGAAGUGAAGCAACAGAUCACCGACCGAUUGAACAGUCUCAAGACGACAGCAAAUAGAAGUGAACGACCCCUGAUUUAUCAUUUGGAUGUCGCUUCCAUGUAUCCCAACAUUAUGACUACGAAUCGUCUGCAGCCGGAUUCCAUGAUUGAGGAAGCAGAUUGUGCAGCUUGCGACUUCAAUCGACCUGGAAAGACUUGUGAUCGGCGAAUGCCCUGGGCAUGGAGAGGAGAGUAUCUCCCUGCAAAACGGGACGAAUACCUAAUGAUCCGGAAUUCCCUCGAGAAUGAAAGAUUCCCCGGGAAGUGGCCGACAAGCCCCCCACGGAGCUUCCAGGACUUAACGGCAGAUGAGCAAUCUAUACUGAUUCGAAAGCGGUUGCAAAUAUACAGUCAGAAGAUUUAUCAUAAAAUCCACGACUCGAAGAUUAUCGAGAGAGAAGCCAUUAUAUGCCAACGCGAGAAUCCUUUCUACAUCGAUACCGUCAAAGAUUUCCGAGAUCGGCGGUAUGAUUACAAGGGGAAACAAAAGGUUUGGAAGGGGAAAACGGAGGAGCUCAAGGCGUCGGGUGCUUCUGCUGCAGAGAUUGACAACGGAAACAAGAUGAUAAUCCUCUUUGACUCGUUACAGCUAGCCCACAAGGUCAUUCUCAACUCAUUUUACGGAUACGUCAUGCGAAAGGGAUCGCGUUGGUAUUCUAUGGAAAUGGCUGGUGUCACUUGUUUAACGGGGGCUCAUAUUAUUCAAAUGGCCCGGCAGCUCGUCGAGCGAAUCGGCCGUCCUUUGGAGCUUGACACUGACGGAAUUUGGUGUAUGCUGCCAGCGACAUUUCCUGAAAAUUAUGCCUUCAAGCUCAAGAACGGGAAGAAGGUUGCGAUCUCAUACCCCUGUGUGAUGUUGAAUCAUCUCGUUCACGCCAAGUUCACGAAUCACCAAUACCAGGACCUUGUGGAUCCCAAGACUUUCAAGUAUGAGACUCACAGCGACAAUUCUAUUUUCUUCGAGGUUGACGGUCCGUACAAGGCCAUGGUACUGCCAACUUCCAAAGAAGAGGACAAGAAUUUGAAGAAGCGGUAUGCUGUAUUCAAUGACGAUGGCAGUUUGGCCGAGCUGAAGGGUUUCGAGGUGAAGCGACGAGGAGAGCUGAAGCUCAUCAAGAUUUUCCAGACGCAAAUCUUCAAAUUCUUCUUGGAGGGCACAACUUUGGAAGAAACGUAUGCUGCUGUGGCAAAGGUUGCAAACCAGUGGCUGGAUGUAUUGCAUUCCAAAGGAGAAACUCUCGCGGAUGAGGAGCUGAUUGAUCUCAUUUGCGAGAACAGGAGUAUGUCCAAGACUCUAGAGGAGUAUGGAACCCAAAAGUCGACUUCUAUUACUACCGCCAAACGUUUGGCGGAUUUCUUAGGGGAGCAAAUGGUGAAGGACAAGGGCUUGAACUGCAAAUACAUCAUCUGUGCAAAACCCAAGGGUGCCCCCGUCACCGAGCGAGCUAUUCCUGUGGCUAUUUUCUCUGCCGAGACCUCCGUCAAACGAUACUUCCUGCGGAAAUGGCUUAAGGAAGAUCCUACAAAUAUGGACCCCAGAGCGCUGCUUGACUGGGGGUAUUAUCUCGAACGUUUAGGCUCAGUUAUCCAGAAACUUAUCACCAUCCCAGCUGCAUUGCAGAAAGUUCGCAACCCUGUACCGAGAGUAGCACAUCCGGAGUGGCUGCAAAGAAGGAUCUAUGUCAAGGAAGAUAAAAUGAAGCAGAAGAAGAUGACAGAUCUGUUUAAGUCGGCGCCACUGGAGGAGAUCACUAACCUGCAAGAUCCACGCAUGGCAGACAUGGAAGACUUCGGAGCAAAGCUGUUGAAGCCGAAAGCCCUCGGAACAGCCCUCUCUCAAGCAACACAGAAAAUACAGAAGCGGAAAUCGCCUGAACCUGAAGUUCCUGUCAGCGUGGACCCUUACGCUGCGCUUCCGAAAGUCAUGCCCGACCCGACCAAGGACUAUCGGGGGUUUCUCGUCUACCAGAAACAGAAGUGGAAGAUCCAAAAACAAGCACGUAUCAGACGACGCCAUUUGUUUGGUGAAACUCGCGUCAGUAAUAAUAACAACAUUGGAAACAUGGUCCGCCAGCAAGCCGAAACGACGUUCAUAGGCACAUGGCAAGUCUUGCAGAUGCGGGGGACUGAGUCGCCGGGUGUUGUGUUGGCGUUUGUUCUCAUUGACUCGAAAGUUCAUACUCUGAAAGUCAGGGUGCCUCGAACUGUCUUUCUGAACUUAAAGGGGAAAGAGCUUCCUGAUAUUGAGGUUGAGGGAUGUGAGGCGCAGAAGGUCAACCAUACUCUGCCCAAUGGACAUCCUUCUGUUCAUCUUUUCAAGCUUACGAUGUCUGAGGAGGUGUAUGUCAAUGACGCGCAAAAACUCUCAUUGCUUUUCAAUCACCCGAGUGUAGAGGGCGUGUAUGAGAAGCAAGUGCCGCUUAAUGUUCGAGCGGUCUUGCGGCUUGGAAGCCUGUGUACCUUUGACGAGACCCAGCAAGGUGUUUUGGGUAAGGGUCUGGAAUCAGGAUUCGACCUGUCGGGUCUUCGACAAGCAACGGCCAAAAAGCCAUACCUGACAGAUUCGCCCAUGGCAUACUUGUAUCUAUACCACGUCGUAGCAGGCGAUCGCCAAGUCUUCGCCUUAUUUUCGACGUCAAAAGAACAAGCUCAUGUCAUCACUCUGCAGAAGUCCAAAGACUCAAAUCAAGAUCUACCAAACAUCGCCAAGAUAUACACAGACAUGCUUGCCAGACGAGAACAGGAAGCUAAUGGGGAGCCGUGGCAAAAUUGCUUCGAAUAUCAAGAAAAGCUGCAGUUUAAUGCAAAACAGGUGACAACGAGACGAAAAGCCCUGCUUGAAAUUGGCGACCUAGUCAAGAAGAUGCGCAAUGAGGAGUCGAAACCACUUAUGCUUGUCAUCCAGUCUCCUUCGCGCCGCAUGCUUAUGCACGAUGUUCCAAUCCUGGGAGAACUGCCCAUUUUGCCGCUGAAAUAUGAGAUCACGGACAGCAAUCUACCGCCUCUUGGAUGGCAAGCGUUUGUUGCCAAAAGACUUGUAAAUCAUUACCUGAGUCUCGGGUCGUGGAUCCUGCAUCUCACAGAAUUGGCCAGAUAUGGAGAUGUUCCGCUUUGCAAUCUCGAGAGAGAUGACCCUCGUUACCUGAUUGAUAUUGCCUACGCAAGACGGUUGCAAAAGAACAAUGUCGUGCUUUGGUGGUCGGGAGGUCCAAGACCAGAUCAUGCUGGAUAUGAGCAAGACGAUGUUCUCGGGCCUCUGGAUACCGUUCAAAUGCCGUCUGUCAAUAAUCCGGGCACAUAUCCAUCGGUCUGCAUUGAGCUUGACGUCCGAAAUUUGGCCAUCAACACAAUCUUAACUUCGUCCCUUAUCAACGAGCUUGAGGGUAGUGAUUCGGUUUCGUUCAAUCCUGCGGCACCAUCUGACGACGGUCCCAGUGAUGGGACUAAUGUCCUGUACGCUGAUAAUGCGUUUGCCUCUGCUGGUGUAACCGUGCUCCGAGAGAUGGUCAAAGCCUGGUGGACAGAAGCCUGCAAAGGAAGCAACAUGGCUGAUAUUAUGGUCCAGCAUCUCGUCCGAUGGGUUGAGAAUCCUGAUUCGUUCCUGUACGAUCGAUCAUUGCACUACUAUGUGCAGAUGAUGUCUCGAAAAGCUUUCCUACAGCUGAUGACGGACUUCAGAAGAGUUGGCUCUCAUGUUGUCUUUGCCAACUCAAAUCGACUCCUGCUUCAAACCACCAAAUCAGAGGUCGGCAACGCCUACGCAUACAGUCAAUACAUUCUCAAAUCCAUCAAAGCGAAGCCACUCUUCCACUUUUUGGACCUCGAGAUCAAAGAAUACUGGGACUACCUCGUUUGGUACGACGAAUUCAACUAUGGCGGGAAAGCAUGUCAAGAAGUCGUGGAAGCAGAGAACCAAACCCUAGACUGCGUGAUGCACUGGCAACUCAACAAAUUCCUCCCAAUAGCCCUCCAGCCCAUCUUUCACGACUGGGUGGUCGAAUUCAUUGAAAUAAUGCACAAGCUCAAACGACCCGCCCUUGUCGACGGCACACCGCGACCAACCCAGCUCGCAGUCCGCGCCCUUGGCGACGACAAAGAAGACAAAAUCAAACUCGGGAAAGAAUUCGAGAAGCCAUUAAAACGCCAAAUAGCAGGCCUCAUCCGCCGCCAAAAAGACGAAAUGCUCCACCCGGAACUAGCAUCCGACUAUACCUUCCCCUCCCUCCCCGGCUCGCACAUUAAAUUCACCAACCCCGUCCUCCAACUCGUCAAAGCCCUCAUGCAAGUGCUAUCCCUCGACAAAAACAUCACACUCGAAGCGCGUCUCCUACGCAAAGAACUCCUCGCGCUCUUCGAAGUCCGAGAAUUCAGCAAGGAAGCGAAAUUCUUGAACCCGAGCGAGAGCCUCAAGAUGCAGCAGGUUAUUUGUGAAAACUGCACGAUGGCGCGGGAUUUGGAUUUCUGUAGGGACGAAGAUCUCAUUCCUGAUGAUGCGACGAGUGGGAACAGCGGCAGGCCGUGGAAAUGUGGCUUUUGUGAGGCCGAGUAUAAUAGGCUGGAUGUGGAGGAACGGCUGAUUGCUGGUGUGGAAGGCAUGGUGUGUGAAUGGGCGACGCAGGAUCUGAAAUGUGGCAAGUGUAAGACGGUGCGUGUUAAUGAUUUCAUGGAGCAUUGUGCUUGUAGUGGGGAGUGGGUCGGUGUUUUGGCACGGGAGGAGAUGGGGAGGAAGCUGAAGGUUUAUAGGGGUGUUGCGCGGUUCUAUGGGUUGAGGAUGUUGGAGGAUGUUGUGGAGGGGGUUUGGGGUGGGCUGUAG